AUGGAGGUCUCGGUGACCGCCUCUGUGCUCGCUGGGCUCGCAGCCCUCUACGUCUUUGUGAAUCAUCUCUGGCCCAGCAAGCAGAACCUCGCCCAUAUACCGACAGUGGGCGGUCCGUCGUUCCCUCUUUUAUCUUACAUCGGUGCAUAUCGCUACUUGUUCCACGCUCCGGAAGUGCUGGAAGAAGGGUAUGUUAAGCAUAAGGGCGGGUUCUUCAAACACGCAGAGGUCGGUCGGAGGGGCUGGAGCGUCGUCGUCGCUUCGCCGAAGCAUAUCGACGAGCUGCGCAAGGCUGCCGACGAUGAGCUCUCGUUUUCAGAGGCAACAAACGAGGCUCUCCAGGUGGACUACACACUCGGCCCCAGUGUGCACAUCAACCCAUACCACAUCCCAAUCGUCCGCUCGAAUUUGACGCGCGCUCUGGGCGGGCUCUUCCCGGAACUGCGUGACGAGAUCAUUCACUCAUUCAAGACCGUGAUCCCGGAAACAGACGAUUGGGUGAAGGUCAAUGUUUAUUCGACUGUGAUGGAGAUUGUUUGCCGGACCAGCAACAGGCUAUUUGUCGGGCUUCCGUUAUGUCGGAAUGAAGACUAUUGCGCACUCAACAAGCAGUUCACCAUUGAUGUCUUCGCUGGAGCCCAAAUCAUCAAUCUUUUCCCGAACCUUCUCAAGCCGAUCGCAGGACGUCUCUUAACCAAUGUUCCCAAGAGCAUUCGCCGUGGCGAGAAACACCUUGGCCCGGUCAUUGAGGGGCGCUUCGAACACGAGCCGGGUGAGGAAUGGGAGGGCAAGCCGGAUGACAUGCUCCAGUGGCUCAUCGAUGCAGCGGAAGGCGAAGAGCGCAGCGUUCGAGCUCUGGUGCUACGCAUGCUUACCGUGAAUAUUGCUGCGAUACAUACGUCCUCCAUAUCGUUCACUCAAGCUCUCUUACUCCUGGCUGCGCACUCGGAGUGUAUACCGGCCCUAAGGGAGGAAGUCGAGCCUAUCGUGCGCGAGGAGGGUUGGACGAAGGCUGCCAUGAACAAGAUGCGCCGCGUGGACAGCUUCCUGAAAGAGACCCAGCGAUUCCUCGGUCUUGGCGCCAAAUCCAUGACGCGGAAAGCACUCAAAGACUUCUAUUUCUCGGACGGAACAUACAUUCCCGCUGGGACCAUGAUCUCCGCACCUUCGUACAGUCUCCACCACGACGGCCACUUCUACGACAAUCCCACCGUGUUCGACCCGUUCCGCUUCGCACGUAUGCGCGACGACGACGGCGAAGGCCUGCGGCACCAGAUGGUCGCAACGAGUCCUGACUACAUUCCGUUCGGCCACGGGCGGCAUGCAUGCCCCGGUCGAUUCUUCGCUGCCAAUGAGCUUAAAGCCAUGCUCGCGCACUUUGUUGUGACAUACGAUGUCAAGAUGGAGCGUGAGGGCCAGAUGCCGAACGAGCGCUGGUUUGGUACAUCGCUAGUACCUGAUCGUAAUGCACAGGUGCUCAUCCGCAAGCGACGUGAUUGAGACUGAGGAUAUCGACUUGCAUUCAGUGGCCGUCUGGCUUAUUGCAUAUACACAUAUAUUCGUUACAACCUGUGUUGACUCGGACAAGUGCUUCUGUGUUUGUACCCAUCAUGUAGUCUGCAAUUGGUGCACUCCAUUUGUACGUAGGACUAGUAUCACGGACCUGGGGUAUGACGUUAAUAUAUGGUCGGAUACAUGGAAACGGCGCCAAUAGGGGGGGGGAGGAGAAGGAGAAAGAGCCUACGUAUUCGCCGGCUGACGACACUGCGGCGCUGAUGGACUUCAUCGAAAACGACGGUGUUCUGGUUCCAACCACGGCUCCGUAUUGUACUACUACAUGAUAUAGAGACAUCAUGUUCUACCACUGCCAAGGGCCAGACGUAGUAUGUAAACGCGCACACGUGAU